AUGGAAUAUAAAGAUCCUGAAGAUGAAGAAAACCAAAACGAGGAUUGGGAGGAGAAAGAGGGAGAGAAUGAUGAAGAGGACAGUUCGGAUGAUGAUAUAGAUUCGAGUGAAGAGGAUGAAGAAGAACAAAGAAAGGUUCAGGAAGGGUUUAUUGUUGAUGAUGAUGAGGAGGAAGAGGAGGAAGGAGAUGAAGAUGUGAUAAAGAUACGACAUAAGAGAAGAAAACGAACAAAUGAUAAAGAUAGGAAUAUGGAUAAUGAAGAACUUGAUGAAGAGGAUUUAGAUCUUGUUAUGGAGAAUACAGGGAUUUUUAUGGCACGAGAUGAACCCAAAUUUAAAAGAUUAAAACGUCGAAAAGAAAAAUUUAGGUCUAAGGAUUUGGCAGAUAUUUUUUCGGAUAAAGAUGAAAGUGAUGUGGAUGAAAGAGCCUAUGUCAAAUCUGUUGGAUUUUCUGAUGAAUUUGCAGAUUUUAUUGAAGAUGAUGAUUUUGGUGAUGAUUUAGAUGAUGAAAAAGAAAAUCGACAUGAAAAAGCAUUUCAUGGAGAAAUUUAUUCUAAAAGUAUUGGAAUAGAUAGUGAUGCACAUGCUCAGGUUUUUGAGAUCUUUGGGGAUGGUGGGGAUUAUGCUUAUGCUCUUGAAAAUGAGGAUUCUGAGCAAUAUGAGAAAAAAGAUAUUUCUUUGUAUGAUGUUUUUGAGCAUAGUGAAAUUGUCGAGCGUAUGCUUACGGAUAUGGAUGAAAUUAUCAGAAUUACUGAUAUUCCAGAACGUAUGCAAAUUUUGAGAGCUCCAUAUUAUCAUUUACAGCUUUCCGAUGAUGAUAUUUUAAAAGAAUAUGAAUGGAUCUCGAGUCGUAUGCUUCUUAUGCGUACUGAUAUAGAUUCUUCUCUUGAGAAACCUUUUAGAAAAGCUGUGAAAAAUGUUAUUGAUUUUUAUAUUAAUGAUUUUUUUGAGCCAUCGUUUAUAUGGCAAAACAGAAAAGAUUAUUUACUCUUUUCAGAAAAGAGCGAUGAUGAAAGGAAAACAACUAAGGUUCAUACUUUGUUAAGACAAGGUGAUUUAUGGAAAAUUCUUGAUCUUGAUGUUAAGUUUCGUUCACUUGUUGAAAAACGGAAUUUUCUUUUUGAAACUUUUAAGAAUUUUAAUAUCAAUGAUAAGUUAUUUGAGGAAUAUAUUGAUAAAAUUGAAUCUCUUGAAGAAAUUACAGAUCUUCACGAUUAUAUAUAUUUUCGAUAUUCUGAAAAUAUAAAAGAUAUGAAUAUAUCUCAAGGAUUUACUUUUAAGAGGCCUUCAAAUAAAUAUUCUUUUUAUGCUAAAAUAAGAAAAGAAGAUUUUUAUAAUCUUGUCAGAGCUUUUGGAUUACCUCCUGAACAUAUUGGAAAAAAUUUUUUGGAAAAUACUAAAAGAUAUUUUCCUGAGGACCCUGAUAAAUGGCCUGAGAUUUUAGCGGGAAAAUAUAUUGUAAAUUCUAAUUAUUCUUCUGCUACUGUUGCUUUGGCUGUAGCAAGAAGACUUGUAGUUGAUGAAUUGUUUAAUGAUCCUCAAGUUAGAAAAGCAAUUAGAACAAUUUACUUUAGAAAAGGCUAUAUUGAUGUCGAACCAACUGAAAAGGGCAUUAGAAAAAUAGAUAAUGAUCAUCCUUUUUAUUUUUUCAAGUACGCUCGUCAUAUUUCUAUGGAAAAUAUGACUCAUAAUCCUGAUUUUUAUCUUCAAAUGAUUAAUGCAGAAGAUCAGGAUUUGGUUAAGAUUAGAAUUCAUUUGGAUGGAUAUGAUAAUUUAUUUUAUGAGAUGUUUGAGUUAUUAACUUCUGAUAAUGUUAGUGAAAUAGCAUCUGCCUGGAAUGAUCAACGGAAAUUAAUAUUAACUGAUUUAUUUGAUAAGAUCAUUCCAAUUAUUGAGAAAACAAUUAAGGAGAAUUUAAAAAGUGAUUGUGAAGAUGCCCUUGCUUUUUUUUGUAGAAAAAAAUUUUUGGAUAAACUUGAUCGUACACCAUAUCCUGUAAAGUCUCUAGAUAAAGGGGAAGUUCCGCGUGUAUUAACAGUUUCUAAUGGCAGAGGUGAUGCUACAAAAGAUGAUACUUCAUGUGUAUUUGUUAAUGAAGAUGGAAAAGUAUUAGAACAUAUUAGAAUUUCUGAUAUACAUGAAGAGAAUUCCAAAAAGGAAUUAUCUGAUUUUAUAAAACGCCGAAAUCCAGAUGUUAUUGGUGUAUCUGGAUUCAGUAUUUCUGUCGAGUUUCUUCGUAAAAGUUUAAAAGAUCUUGUUGAUAAUAUUAAUAUAGAACAAAACGAUAAUAGCAAUCAUAUAAGAGUCGUAUAUGUUAAUGAUGAUGUUGCUAGACUUUAUCAAAAUAGCGAAAGAGCUAAUAAGGAAUUCCCUAAUUUAUCUUCAUUAGGUAAAUAUUGUGUAUCUCUCGCUAGAUAUAUGCAGAGUCCGCUUAUGGAAUAUGCGGCAAUGGGAAACGAUAUUACAUCUAUAUCUUUUCAUCCAUGGCAACAUCUUAUCCCCCAAGAUAAAUUACAAAGAGUUUUGGAAACUGCAAUUGUAGAUAUCGUAAAUUUAGUAGGUGUCGAUAUAAAUGAUGUUGUUAAAUCUUCAUAUAAAUUAAAUCUUUUGCCAUAUGUAUGUGGUUUAGGUCCUCGUAAAGCUCAGAGUUUGUGUAAACGUAUUUCUGCUGUUGGUGGAUAUAUUUCGAAUCGUGCUGAAUUUAUUACAAAAUCUAUUCUAACAAAAAAUAUUUUUAUAAAUUGUGCUAGUUUUUUUAAAAUACCGUAUGAUGAUAAUUCAAUAUCAGAUUCUAGUGAGAUUUUGGAUAGUACAAGAGUACAUCCAGAAGAUUAUGAAUUGGCUAGAAAAAUGGCUGCUGAUGCUUUAGAAUUAGAUGAAGAAGAUGUUGAAGAAUAUGAUUCUAGUGGAGGAGUUGUGGCAUAUCUUAUGAAUGAUGAUCCAGAUAAACUUAGUGAUCUUAUAUUGGAGGAAUAUGCUGAGCAGCUCGAAAAGGCUUUUCAACAAUUAAAAAGGAAUACUCUCGAGACUAUCAGAGAUGAGCUCCAAAAUCCUUAUGAAGAACUUCGUAAAGAUUACAAAGAUAUCACUGAUCAAGAAAUUUUUACUAUGUUGACUGGAGAGACUCCAGAAUCAUUGAAGCCUGGUUCCGUUAUUCCUGUUACUGUUAAAAAAAUUGGAAGUAAACAUGUUACCGUAAGAUUAAAUUGUGGAAUAGAUGGAAAUAUUUCUAGUUCACAAGUAACUGAUAAUUAUAAUCUUUUACCUUCGCAAGUUUUGCAAUAUGGGCACACCGUUCAGGCAGUUGUUUUAUCUUUAAAUUUUCAGAAAUUUACUGUGGAAUUAUCAACGAAAGCUUCGUCUAUUAAAGAGGCAUAUAAAAAUCAAAAAGAUAGCUCUUUGAAUAGAAAAUUUAAAUGGGAUAGUAUUGCUGAAGAAAAAGAUAAGUCUAAAAUUGCAUUAAGAAGGGAAGCAGAACAGCGAAUAACUAGGGUUAUUAAACAUCCUCUUUUUAGACCAUUUAAUGCUCGACAAGCCGAAGAUUAUUUGGCUGGUAUGCAGCGUGGUGAUGUAGUAAUUCGUCCAUCAUCAAGUGGACCUGAUCAUAUUGCUAUAACAUGGAAAGUUUCGGAAGGGAUUUAUCAGCAUAUUGAUGUUCUUGAAUUAGAUAAAGAAAAUGAGUUUUCUGUAGGUCGUCAGUUACGUGUACGUGGAAAGGAACAGAAUUAUUUUUAUAGUGAUUUGGAUGAGCUUAUAGUUUCACAUAUUAAGUCAAUUGCUCGAAAAGUUGACGAAAUGACUACAAAUGAAAAAUUUCAAAAAGGUACUAGGGCAGAAACGGAACAAUGGCUUAAUAGGUAUUCAGAGGCCAAUCCAAGAAGAUCUUGUUAUGCAUUUUGUUUUAAUCCUAAAUAUCCUGGUUUUUUUGAUCUUUGUUUUAAGGCUAAUUUGAAAUCCAAAGUUGUUAGUUGGUCAGUAAAAGUUGUUCCUAAUGCAUUCUCUUUGAAAGGAAAUCUUUAUGGAGAUAUGAAUACCUUAUGCAAUGGUUUUAAAAUGAUGUUUGCAGCUCAAGCAAAUAAUAGAUCAAUGACAAAUAAUCGCAAAUGAUAUAUAUAUUGUUGUUUAUAAACAUUUAUUUAUCUAAUUUCCAUGAAUGAAUUUUUGUUGUAUUUGUAUGUUGAG